GGCGGCCGUCGUGGGCAAGGCUGCAGGCGAGGCUCAACGACCGCUGGUUCGGGACCCGCCUCCGGCGCUCUGUGUUUCCGGGCCCUGAGCAAGUGCCUUCAUGAACCCCGUGACGUUGGCCAUGGAGAUAAGACCACUGGGUGAUGGUUUAAGGAAGAUAAUGUGCAAAGGGCUAAGGACUGUCAGUGGAAAUCAGGGGUGCAGGGGAAAUGGAUAAACAGCCAGAGGUCAACUCGGACUUUGUACGUAGGACAUGUUGCCAGGGCCCUGCCGGGAAGUGCAGAUCGAAGCUAGGCUCACGAGGAGGCUGGAGGUGGGGGAUGGGGCUGGCCCAGGGCUGGGGUUGGGGAGGCAAGGGAUGGACACAGACUUCCUGGGCUGGGCUCUGUGACUGCAGAGUAGACUCUGUCCUGGGACUUGGUGGUGCUACCCUUGGCCUCCCACAGUCCUGCCACCCUGCCGCUGCCACCAUGCUGCCCCCUGGGACUGCAAUCCUCUUGACUCUGCUCCUGGCAGCUGGCUCGCUGGGCCAGAGGCCUCAGAGGCCACCCCGGCCCCCAUCCCCCAUCAGCACCAUCCAGCCCAAGGCCAAUUUUGAUGCUCAGCAGUUUGCAGGGACUUGGCUCCUUGUGGCUGUGGGCUCCGCCUGCCGUUUCCUGCAGGAGCAGGGCCACCGGGCCGAGGCCACCACACUGCAUGUGGCUCCCCAGGGCAAAGCCAUGGCUGUCAGUACCUUCCGAAAGCUGGAUGGGAUCUGCUGGCAGGUGCGCCAGCUCUAUGGAGACACAGGGGUUCUCGGCCGCUUCCUGCUUCAAGCCCGAGGCGCCCGAGGGGCUGUGCACGUGGUUGUCGCUGAGACCGACUACCAGAGUUUCGCUGUCCUAUACCUGGAGCAGGCGGGGCAGCUGUCAGUGAAGCUCUACGCCCGCUCGCUCCCUGUGAGCGACUCGGUCCUGAAUGGGUUUGAGCAGCGGGUCCGGGAGGCCCACCUGACUGAGGACCAGAUCUUCUACUUUCCCAAGUAUGGCUUCUGCGAGUCUGCAGACCAGUUCCACGUCCUGGAUGUGAGGAGGUGAGGGGGGCUACUGCCACUGGCUGAGUCUCAUCCCUGCUGCAGAAGUGAGGAGGUGAGGCCGCCACACAGCUCCAGUGCUGAGUAGUCAGUGCCCCGAGAGACGACCCCACCAGUGGGGUGCCCGCUGCCUGUCCUCUGUGAAACCAGCCUCAGAUCAGGGCCCUGCCACCCGGGGCAGGGGAUCUUCUGCUGGCUGCCCCAGAGGACAGUGGGUGGAGUGGUACCUUCUUAUUAAAUGUCUCAGACCCC